AUGAAUUCUCCUGAUUCGAGCAGCGUUCGAUUAAAGUGGAAAAGGUUCGUGUCCAUUCAUCGGAAGGAUUUCAACACAGUGGGAAAAUUUGCUGUGUGCUCGGAGCAUUUUACAAGGGAUUGUUAUACGCUUGCUUUUCCGAUGAAAGGCAUGAAAAGGAAUUGGAAGAAGGGGACGUUUCCAACCAUUUGGAAAAAAUCCUCUCAAACACUAUCAAAGCGGAGUCGACGAUCGGUGAGUGAAAUUACAAUGUAUUUGCGCUGUGCUUAUCACUAUUAUAUUUAUUUCCCCAUUUACCUGUGACAUGAUUUUUUCUGGCAUCGUUGUUCAAUAUGAAUGCUCUGACUAUUUGGACUUCCCAUAUUGUUGCAUGUGUUUUCAUACUUUUCUGCUUUCUUCUUAUAGUUAUAGUAAAACGGGAGUUUGCGCUGAGUGGACGUGAAGUCAAUUCCCCAAUUCCCAGACCUUUCCACUCAAGCGUAAAAUUUAGAAAAAGUGAAGCUACAUAGAAAUCCGGCUCUCUAUUUUUUGAGAGAUUAUCUUGCUGUUACUUUGAGAUUUGACAGUACUCCAAACUUCCCUCCAAGAAAUCUUACAGCAAAUUAGGAGUUACACGCGAGUCUUUUAAAACGACCAAAAAUGGACUUAGUCUGAUUUCUACAUUCUAUAAGUUCAGUUACUGUUUGCGGUUUUUUUUUCGUUUGUAUUUUAAUUCUAUUUUCACUGUCUGCAAAUGAUGCGUACAUUUUAAGGCAAAGAUGCAGUUAAACCUUGCUUCCAGUUCUACUUUUGAAAACAUCGACAUAAAGCUCAAAUUUAAACGUGUUUUGAAGGGGAGAUAUAAAAAAUGGUCGUACCUAUUUUCAUUUUUAGCUGCUAAAUGAAAUUCUGGCUGGUCAAACUGCUAAUAAGGAUACAGAGGAAGAAGACAAUCCUGAAGAAGAGGUGAUCUCUUUGAAAGGAAGUUCUGCACCUGAGGAGAGUGCUGACACUAUGGGGGCUCCCAAUCUCAACCCUGAGGAGUCUCUAGAAGUCGAGGGUGUUCUGAACACAAGUCAGGGUUCUUUGCUUGAGGUAAAAAAGGAGGACUGCAUCCCUGAGACUGAGACGGGUGAGAUAAGUGUUGAUGCUGAGAUGGCUUCAGAGGUCCUAGGUACUCCUGGUGAUAAGACAACUCUCGAGAGCCAAGGGUUUUCUGGCACUGAUGAUGUUACUGAGACCAUGCAGAUCCUGGAGGCUCAGGGAAUCGAAAAAGUGCAGGAUAUGGAUAAGUUAUGA